AUGCAAACACGCGGGAUACUUUCUCGCGCGCUCGGGAGGAAAAGCCACGCGCUGCCCAUCUCGCCCCGCCAGCGGCUGCCUGCCGCCCCCUCCCGAGCAGGCUGCCCCGGGAGGUCUCUGCGGGGGCUGCCGAGCCGCGGAAGAGGCGCCCGCCGAGGAGAGACGGCGGGGGCUGGCCCGGACCCCGGGGGGCUCCCGCGCCGCCGGAGCAGCGACGUCCGCCGACCCCGGCGCGGCUCCGCGGCUCCGCCUGCCGGGCGGGCUUUUCUACCUGGCGGGGAGGUCUCCGCCGAGGGGCGCCCGCGGAAUCCCCGCGGAGGGCUGGUGGGGCGGAGAUGGGGUGGGCGCGCCCUCCGCCGCCUGGGCGCCCGGCUCUGGCUCCCCUGCCCCGCCGCCGCCCUCCUCCUCCUCCUCCUCUGGCGCGGGAGCCCCGAGGGCAGGGGCGGGAUCCGCGGCCCCUCGCCGCUCCUGGCCGGUCCCCCCCCAUCUUACGCCGCUUCCGGUUCUGGAGCCGCGGCGGCGGCGGCGGCGUCCCCCAUGGCCUGGCCAGAUGCGGCAGGUCUGCUGCUGCUGCCUCGCGGUGCGGCGCCUGGGCGGCGGCGGCGGACGGCUCAGUGCGGCGGCGGCGGCAGCAGCAGCGGCGGCGGGCGCAGGAGCAGCUGGGCGCGGCGCGGCGGGCGGAGGAGGAGGAGGAGGAGGAGCGGCCUGGCGCGCGGGCGGCGGCGGCUCCGGGGCUGCCUCGGCAUGCGGCGGGCUGCUGCGGCGGCGGCGCCCGGCUUGUGCGUGCUGCUCUUCGGCGUGUCGCUGGCCUGCUACUCGCCCAGCCUGCGCUCGGUGCAGGACCAGGCGUACUCGGCGGCCGUGGUGCUGGAGGGCAAGGUGCAGGCGCUGCCCGCCUCCGCCGCCCCGACGGGCAACGGGAGCCGGGCCGAGGAGGGCGCCGACGGGCCCCCGCCGCCGCCGCCGCCGGGCAUCCUGGUGAAGGUGCUGGACCUGUGGCCCCUCAACAGCGGCGGCCUGCAGCGGGAGCAGCUCAUCCGCGUGGGCUCCGCGCCCGCGCCCUGCUCCAAAGUCAAGCGCAACCACCGCUACAUCUUCUUCCUGGAGCCCACCGAGCAGCCGCUCGUCUUCAAGACCUCCUUCGCCCCGCUCGACACCAGCGGCAAGAACCUCAAGAAGGACGUGGGCCGCAUCCUGUGCGCCGACUGCGGUGAGCCCUCGAGGGGGGCGUGUGGCCCGGGGAGGGGGCGGCAGGUGCCCGACGGCCCGGGAGGCUCCCUGCGCAAGGCCGGCGCUCCUCUGCAGUGCUGCAUUGGCGAGCGGGGCGCAGCCUGGGAGGGCGCCCGGCCGCCUGUCGGGGCCUCGGCCUUCUGGGCGGGCGCCCCCGAACCCCGCUGCUGUCCUUGA